UGCUGUGACACUUCACAAUCUAAUCGCUCAUUCUCAACUCAAACCAACUGUUCUUUAUCAAAUUAAUCCAUGGAAUUCAGAGCUGUUCUUCUCGGCAUUCUCCUCGCGUCGUCCAUCGCCGGAGCUCUCGCCGGCGAUCCGAGCCCUGUUCAGGAUUUCUGCGUCGCCGACGUCAAUUCCAGCCUGUUUGUGAAUGGUUUGGCCUGCAAGAACCCGAAGCUGGCGACGGCAAUGGACUUCUUCUUCUCCGGACUAGAUAAGGCCGGAGACACAGGAAACAGGGUCGGCUCCAACGUCACCCUAGUCAACGCCGCCAGAAUCCCCGGCCUGAACACGCUCGGCAUCUCCCUGGCGCGCAUCGACUACGCCGCCGGCGGCCUCAACCCGCCGCACACCCAUCCGCGAGCCACCGAGAUCCUCACCGUGGUCGAGGGUUCCCUCGUAGUCGGAUUCGUGACGUCCAACCCGGAGAACCGGCUCUUCCUCAAGAGCUUGAACAGGGGCGACGUGUUCGUGUUUCCAGUGGGACUCGUGCACUUCCAGUUCAACUAUGGGAAGACGCCGGCGGUGGCCAUCGCCGCCCUCAGCAGCCAGAAUCCGGGGGUUAUCACGGUGGCCAACGCCGUGUUCGGAUCGAAGCCGGGCAUCGACGACGGUGUGCUCGCCAAGGCCUUCCAAGUCGACCAAGGCGUCAUCGAGGAUCUCAAAGCGCAGUUCAAAUAGCUAGCUUUUUAAAUUUGGAGAAAUUUCAUUCAGUCCCCUGAAGUUUCCCUUUUUAAUAAAAACGCCCUUGCAAUUUCAAAAUCUUCAAAAA